AUGACCCCUACUUAUGCUGGUGGCUCAUCCACAGCAGGCGAGGGUCUGGCAUUUGUAGUAACUGCGGCAGCACCCCAGGAAGCUGCAGCGGGGGUGGGGCUGGGAGGGGUGGGGAAGCGGAGUGUGGCGGUGGAGUUUGACUCGGUGCUGAGUGUGAAGCACAGCGACCCCAACGACAACCACGUGGGCGUCAAUGUGGGCGGCUCACCUGUGUCCUUCGCCUCUGCCACGGCCCCUCUCAUCCUCAACGACAGCCACACCAAGCACGCAUGGAUCCACUACGACCCCACCAGCGGCGGCACCCUCCGAGUCUUCCUCUCAGCCUCCCAGCAGCAGCCGUACAAGGCUGUGCUGAUGGCGAGAGUGUCUCUGUGCAGCGCGCUCAAGCCCACCGUUGGCAAUGCCUCCUUCCUCUUCGGCUUUGUAGCUGCCUCGAACAGCACUCAGAGGCACGACAUUCUGUGGUGGAACAUUGUGACAUCCGACUCCUCAGCAUACGCGGUGGUGGCGGCUGUGGAGGCAGCCUACAGCAUUGCGAGCAACGGGUCGCAGCCCCCCCGGCUGUCGGUGGAGCAGCUGCGGCUGGCCCUGUCGUCCAACUGCGACGACAUGCCUCCGCGCGAUGUGCUGGCCUUCCUGGUGGCUGCCACGCGCAAGGGAGGGGGGCUCGUGGAUGACGCAGCAGCAGCGGCCGCCCGUCCCCACAGCAUGGCGUCCGCCGGCCGGCGGGAGAGACUGGCCGCGGUGAGUUGCAGCGAUAGGUAG